GAAAAUAUGUCAAAGAUACGAGCAUUCAUGGAGGCGUCGUCUCCUCCCAUGAGGAAAAGUUUCUCGGAGAGACAGACCAACACAAGAAUUGAAGGCCUCAACCUUUCCAGCUUUGAAGUCUCCAUGGCACCAGAAACCGAAGCUAGAGAACUCCGAAUAUUUGUGGGGACGUGGAAUGUGGGAGGGAGGACACCCAACAACACUCUCAACUUGGAAGAUUUUCUGCAGGUGGAAGGAUCUUCGGACCUGUAUGUCUUAGGGUUUCAGGAAAUCGUUCCCCUGAGCGCCGGUAAUGUGCUAGUGGUCGAGGACAACGAACCCGCAGCGAAGUGGCUUGUCCUUAUAAACCAAGCCCUCAACCGACCGUACCACAACUCCGACUCAUCCGGCCAUGGCCCAAAACGAUCAAACAAUUCCUCCAGGGACUCGGCGAUGAGAACCACCCCGAACGCCGUCAACUUCCUCCAGAAGCCGUCCCUGAAAGUCCUGCGCAAGAGCUUGAAGGCGAACAAGGCUCUCCUCAAAUCCUGCAACUGCAGCAUAGAGUUGUCGCCGAUAGUCAGAGAAAGGCGGAGGCAGAGCAAGCUCAGCGACACCAUGGACCGGCCGGAGUUCAUGUCAUUCCAGUACCGACGCGAGAGCUGCACCGACGACCUCUUCCAGGGCGCGGAACUCGAUCCACAUUACUCUCCUUCGUCCCCGGUGCAGAGCGUGUACGAUAUGAAGUACAAGCUCGUGACGUGCAAGCAGAUGGUUGGGAUCUUCCUGACCGUGUGGGCUCGAAGCGAGCUGGUGCAACACGUCGGCCACCUCCGGGUGUCGUCCGUGGGAAGAGGGAUCAUGGGUUGCUUCGGAAACAAGGGAUGCAUAUCCAUAAGCCUCUCGUUGCACCAAACCAGUUUCUGCUUCGUGUGCAGCCAUUUGGCCUCCGGCGAGAAGGAAGGAGACGAGCUCAGGCGAAAUGCUGACGUCUGCGAGAUCCUGAAGAGCACCCAGUUCCCCAAAAUCUGCAAGAAACCCGAUCGGAGAGACCCCGAGAGGAUACGGGACCACGACCGGGUGAUCUGGAUGGGAGAUUUGAACUACCGAGUUUCGUUGAGUUACGAGGAGACGAGGUCUUUGUUGGAGGGUAAUGACUGGAACACCCUCCUCGAAAAGGAUCAGUUGAACAUCGAGAGAGAAGCUGGGAGAGUCUUCAAUGGGUUCAAGGAAGGACGGAUCCUCUUCGCCCCGACCUACAAGUACUCACACAAUUCGGAUUCCUACGCCGGGGAAACCGUCAAGUCCAAGAAGAAACGCCGCACUCCCGCGUGGUGCGAUAGGAUACUAUGGAGCGGAAACGGGAUAGAGCAGCUGUCUUACAUUCGGGGGGAGUCCGCGUUCUCCGAUCACCGGCCUGUAUGCUCGGUGUUCGCGGUGGUGGUGGAAGUGGCGAGGAGCAGACCGAUAGCACGGUUCAGGAAGGGGAUUUCGUGUGCUGGCUCUAGAGUAGUAGAUUAUGGUGAGUGCAUACCCCAAAGGCAUAGCUUGAAUGAAUUCUGAAGACUAACUGACAAUCAAAUGCUUGCGUUUCAAAUCUCUCUCUCUCUCAGACUUGCAUGAAUUUGUUCUUUUUUACUGGUGAUACACAUGAAA